AUGCAUUCCAAUAUAGCCAGCAUAAGAGAACAGACAAGUCUACCAACACAGACCACAGAGCCUCCCAAGAGAGUACUCUUUAAAAAGAGUGUUGCCCCAUCACGUGAUGCUGUGACUCCUCAUGAGACCCCUCAGCAGGCCCCGCGGCACACCCCUCAGCAGGCCCCUCUGCAGGCCCUUCGGGAGACCCCUCCAGAUAUUCAAGGGGUGGUGCCAAUGGAUGCUAGUCCAUCUGUAGAGCAAGCAGCAGCCUUCCAGAUGUCACCCCCGAGCAUGCUUCUUGAAUUUGUUAUCAAAAUUUUACACACUACUCUAAAUACAUGUAUCCUUCCUAACUGCUCUUCUCAGGAACUGGUGCCAUUAUUUUCAGGAGGUAUUCCACUCCUGACUGAAAUGGCCAAGAGGACUGCCUUCAGUAAAGGAGGAACAAAGGAGGCCCUUCUGUGCUCCCUUCUAGAGGCAGUCUUUGGGGAAAGUCUGGCCCACGGGAAUGCCUGUGGAUCAAGGCCAGCUGUGAACAAAGGGGAAGGGGAGGAGAGCAAGCCCCUUGACAAGGGCAAGCUGGACCAAAUUAAAGAGUGUGUCUUACGCCGUUUCAGAACUCCUGGGGGCCAUAGCUGCUUCAGCGCUCAGGAGUUCAACAAGAAGAUAAAUCAAAAAUGUGCAACGGUGCGAAGGGCAUUAAAAAAUAAGAAGAAGCUCUAAACAGAAACAGAAACAGACUUGUCCUUGGAAAUUUGAUAUAUAUGUACAU